AUCGUUACUAUCUUAUCAAUGUGCAAUUCCUCAAAUCAUUGCGAUCAAUAAAUGUUUUCGUAUUUUCACUUUGUGGUCAUUAUUGUUCCGAUUUUUCGUGGAAGAAUGAAACUGUUCGCAGCCUUAAGCUUAUUAUUGAGUGUAGCUUUGCCGCCAGUCACGUCUAUUCGCUCUGGCAGAAUCAGUAAUGGAGGAGCGGCAGCGCCAUCCGAUUUCCCAUCGGCCGUUGGUUUAUUGAUAUCCGGUUCCUCAAAUCACGUAUUCUGCGGAGGUGUCCUCAUUUCCACGAGAUUCAUCCUAACUUCUGCGCGAUGUGUGUCUGGGAGAAACACGAUCACAGUUUUGGCCGGCGCAAGCGAUAUGACCGAGCUUGUUGAGAUUAUUCAGGUGCUCAGCAUCCCGUCACACAUUACCAUUCAUCCGAAUUACAACUCUCUCGGACACCGGAACGAUGUGGCGAUUCUUCGACUUUCACGGCCAGCUACAGUGGGGCGACAUGUGGCCAUCGCUAAUCUUCCCCGGCGCUACCACACAAUUUUCACCUUCAACGGUUGGAAUUCAACAAUCGUCGGCUGGGGAACCACUGGGAAUAGAGACAACGAACCGCUGCCAUUGAGGAAUUUGCUCGUUGCCCACGGACUGGUUAUUACGAACCUCCUGUGUGGACUGUCGCAUACUUUCAUACGGGACGAGCACAUCUGUACCGGAACCGAUGAUGGAGGUCCCUGCGACGGAGAUGAAGGUGGUCCGGUCUAUGCCGAAGUGGAUGGUGAGAAAAUCGUGAUUGGUAUACACUCCUUCCAUUACUCGGGCAUCGGUGGUUGCGAUCGGGGGAGAUCAGCGGUAAAUACGCGCCUGACAGAAUACUUGGAUUGGAUUCAGGCGAAUACUGAUGUUCAGAUCCGAAACUGAACAGUUGAUAUUGCGAAUAAACGACAUUCUGUCAAACGUAUAG